GUCAGAUUUAGGGGCAUUGCUUACUCGAUCUAGUGCUAAACAAUGGAUGAUAUUUCAACCUGGAGAGCUCGAAUUGGUCUCUAUUGUAUCAGGGUGCGCAGUAGAGGCCUGAAGAAUAGGUCACCCAGGUCUUCUAGAUCUGUUCCAAGAGGAGGGCUUUAUAGUGAUGGAACUGGAACACUUAUUGUGGUGCUGGGCUUGUUGCACAUUGCAGUGGUCUUAUUGUCACUGUUAAUAUUGUCUGGAGAUGUUGAAUUGAACCCUGGUCCUGGUAAUACACCAGAUAAAGAAACAGAUAAAGGAAUUAUUUUAAGUCUCGCAAACUUGAAAGACGUCAUCAAUCAGUUGUGGGAUGCUCGUACUGAGUGGUUCCAGAUAGGAGUUAAUCUUGGGCUGACACCAGUGGAUCUGAAAGCCAUUGAAAUGAAGCAUCGAGCUAGUCCUGACUUGAGUUUUCAAGAUAUGUUAGAAGUUUGGUUGAAAAACACCGAAAAUGUAACGACGUGGAAAGAUCUUUCGAAUGCUUUACAUGCUGUUGGAAUGGUUAGAAUGGCUACCGAGAUCGAGAGAAAAUACAAUAUCGUUCCCUUGAAAGAAAUAGGUCCCAUAGUCGAAGAUCAUCUAAUAAGCUCAGUGCGAGAGAUAGUUCAUUUGCCAAUGGACGACUGGUUUGAAGUUGGGCUGAAACUUCAGCUUAGUGAGGAAGCUCUUAAGCAGAUUGAGAGAGACUAUCCCCAACAUGAGAGAAGGAAAUCAGAAAUGCUAUCAAGAUGGUUUCAGUCCCACCCAGACGCAUCAUAUGAAGAACUGAUAAAAGCUCUUGCUUCAACUGGUAACAAGUCUGUGGCUGAGGAGCUUUGUUCCAAACAAGGUGUUCCAGCAGAAAUAGUAAAAUAUGAAAUUGUUUCAAGGUAUAUAAUGGAAUACACUAGAUACCUUAAAGAAAUGUACUUGAGUGAGCCUAUUAUGCAAGAAGAUCCAUGGCCGCCUCCUCCAAGUGAGGAAUUCACUAAACUCACUCUUAUUUUAAAGACCAAAAAUGGAAACGAUAGCGAUGAGCAAAUAGAUUUGGAAAAUAUUUUCGAAGACUUGGAGAAACCUUUUAAGAUACUCAUAGACGGAGAUCCUGGCUCAGGAAAGUCAACUCUAUGUAGGAAGAUUGUUCACAAUUGGUCUAAAAAGAAAAUGGCUCAAGAUUUUAACUUAACUGUUCUCGUCCCUUUAAGAGAUCCAGAGAUAGUUAACUCAAAUAGAAUCGACGAUCUUUUCUACCAUGAUGAUUCUGUUCUUCAAAUGAAAGUAGUGGAGCAUGUUAGGAAAAAUCAAGGUGCUAAUGUUCUCCUUAUAAUGGAUGGCUAUGAUGAGCUUUCUCACAAACAAAGAACGAAACACUCACUAUUUUUACAAAUCUUGCAAGGCAAAAAACUAGCUAAAUGCUCAGUACUGGUAACUUCCCGCCCUCAUGCCUCACAAAAAUUAGAGAGCUUGCAUACUCUAAGUCAACACGUUAAAUUAUUAGGGUUUAGUAAAAGGGACAUCAUGAGCUGUAUUUCUUCAUCAAUACAUGGCGAAAAAGGAAAAAAACUACAGUAUCUGUUACGUUUUGAGAAGCUUGAGCUUCUAAAAGUUUGUGAGAACCCUUUAAGUUGUGCCAUCAUCAUUUUUGUGUAUAAACAAGAGAAUUAUGACUUACCACUAACCCUCACUGGAACUUACGAAUAUUUUAUUUCGAAUGUUCUCACCAGGGAAGCAGACAUACAAGGCAUCGAAUGUAAAUCAAUGCUCGAACCAGACCUUUUAAAUUUGUGUAAGCUUGCAUAUGAGAAUAGUAUCAAUGACAGAGUUGUACUUGAAGAUGAAGAAGUUAGAAAACUCACUGGUCAAAAUUUUAAAUCACUAGGACUACUCACUGCCUCUAAAGGCUUCAUGAGUCGUGGCCGAAAACUGAAUUAUGCUUUCACUCACCUGACGGUACAAGAAUAUCUAGCUGCAAAAUGGGUUCACGAAACACUGUCCCCCUUGGACGCUAGUAAUUUCUUAGCUUGUAAUGUGAUGGAUGAUCGCUUUAGGUACAUACUGCUUUUCCUAGCUGGUCAAUCCAAACUACAUCAUCAGUCUUAUGAACAUUUCAUUUGUGACAAACAGUUAGAUUUGUGCACGUUCGAGGAAACAACAGAUCAUAAGGCAUUUGUGACAAAAAUAAUGUUUAUAUAUGAAGCUCAGAAUAUUGUAUUGUGCCCUCUUUUAUCAUCAUUGAUUAAAGGGCGAGUGCUAAAGAUAAUGGCAUCUGGAAUUAAUGAAAAGUUAUCUGCUUCUUUAGCUUUCUUCAUUGACAAGAGUUGUUGCACGUGGGAGGUUGUUAAUCUGAUGCUUGUUCAUUCAAAUUUUGUCCAGUUUGUGAGCAAUUUUAAAAGCACUAACAAGUUGACAAUUGUAAAAAGCUUUGUUCUAAAUCACGAACCCAUUAUCACAGACUACGGUUGCUGUACUAUUAACGACAUAAAUAGAUUGUUAUGCCAAGAUGCGUUCUGUAAUGUAAACAGCUUGUCAGUUACAAGUCCAGUUGAUGAAAAGGAAUGUGCUUAUUUUUACGUUGAGGAAAAACAAUCAGCAAUGUUUUUAAGAAUGCUAAUAAUGAUGGGAAACAUACAACAUUUAUCUCUACAAGGAGUAGUUGGUGCUACCAAUGAUACAUUUCAUGAUUUUAUUGGUAAUAACAUGAACUAUCUUGAGUCUCUGGAUAUUAAGUCAUCUCAGCAGAGCUUGGAAAUCCUUUGGGCAUUAGGCUUUGCAGUUCGUGGACGUCUUCAAGUCAUGAAGAGUUUGUCAUUGCAGGUACUACUCCCAUCUGAAAUAGAACAUAAAGUUGACACAAGAUUAGGAUUUACUGUCAAAGAAAACUUUUUCAACCUUGACUCUCUCAUUUUAAGAUCAUGUUGGAAUACAAAGGAUCUCUUUGGUUCGAGUUUCAGCCCAACAUUGUCUAACUUUUUAUAUGGGAUUGCUAUGAACCAUACUUUGCAAAGGGUAACCCUAGGAGAUAUGGAUCUUAAUCCAAAAGGUGUGUGUUACAUUCUUCAAAACAACCACACAUUGCACACAUUUAAUCUCGUCUUUGUUGAGCUGACGAAAAAACUGAUUUCCUCACUAAGCAUUGGCUUAAAGAAGAAUAAAACCUUAAGAAGUCUUUGUCUGAUAGAUUUUCAAGAUCGGACUGUUGGAGUAGGCUCUGCUAUAUCUUUUGCAAUCACCAAUGCUAGAACCGUUGCAUUAACAUGCGUUUCUGAUUUAGAAAUGGAUAUCGAAGCAAAACCAGAAAAUCCCUAUCAUCUUCUUCUGGAUUCAAUUGUUACCAGUAAAUUGCAGUCAGUAGUAUUAGAUUUUGAACCCGGAAAAUUCUCUUUUAAUUCUGCUAAAUUCUUUAAGCAUUUAAUCCGAAUGCUCAUCAAGGACAAAACCUUAACACGAUUCACUCUAUAUUAUUCGUACUACUCUGAAGAACACCUAGCUGAAAUCGCUCGAGCUCUUGUGAUAAGUGGAAAAAGAAAUGAAAUUGAUUUCACACUUGGGAAUAGUCUAACACCAUCUAUUUAUUCCAGAUUUUCUCAUUCACCAACGUCAAUAUUGAAUGGAAAUAGACGUCCUGGGGAUUACCAAAUCCCUAUAGUACAGGACCAAGAGUUACUAAUUCAACAAAAAGUGGAUGAGUUUAAGGAUAUUAUGUUGAAAAACAUGCUAAAGACACUCGUGUUUAUUUUGGCCAUACGUAAACAAAAACAAAAUAAAAUUUUGGAGCAACUAAGCUUUGAUUUGUUAACGUAUUCUAUUCUGAAAGUUCUUCAUAAACGCAUCCACAGACAAACGGUAUUCCUCGAUAUAUGGAAAGAAACGAGGAUGCUAAGAAGUCUGCUGAACACUCUCUCAUUCAUUCUAAUGCUGCGUAAACAGAGACAACAAGUAUUCCUUGAUACCCUUAGAUACCAUGUCAUGUACAUUCCAGAAUAGAUCAUUAAAAAUUGUAUUCUAUAUAUAAUUAUAAGUUUGUGUAUAACAACACUGUUGAAUGUAUAAUUAAUUAUUAUUUGUCUUUG